AUGCACGUGACCCAAGAUCAUCCCAUUCCGCACCUCGCGAUGUUCGCUUUGGCUUCGUCCGUCCCUUUCCGAACGUCCAUUCUCUCCUCUCCGUCUUCCAAGAUGUACACCUCCGCCGUUCGGGCCCGUAUGGCCACCUCCUUCGCUGCCCGUCGUGGUUUCUCCACCACUCGCACCCAGCUUGGCAGCCCCUACCACUACGCCGAGGGUCCUCGCACCAACAUCCCCUUCAACCCUCUCACCAAGUUCUUCUUCCUCCGCUACUGGGGAUUCAUGAUUGCCGGAUUCGGUGCUCCCUUCGCCAUUGCUGUCUGGCAAACCUGCAAGACCAAAUAA